CACAGAAGCACCAACAUACGGCUUGGGAGUGUACGAACAUUGGUCUACUUUCAGGCGAACAACCGCAGGAGGGUCGCAAGAACAUGGCAGACAUGAUAUCAAAUACUCAUGUCGGCUCUGUGGACCUCAAAGAUAACGCAAGAGCCCAUAUCGGAAAUGUCGUACAUAUCCAUCAGGCAGAAGACCGCUGCCUUUCCGACCUCAGAAAUACCGACCCCCGCCUCGAUAAAGCUUGCAUUGAAGAUAUAAAGGGCGGUCUAUUUGAAGAUUUAUAUCGUUGGAUCCUCGAGCACAAAGACUUCCGAUAAUGGCGUGAUGACGAACAGAGCCGACUGCUCUGGAUUAAGGGCGAUCUCGGUAAGGGUAAGACGAUGUUGCUCUGCGGUAUUGUGAACGAGUUAACUCCCUAAACGAGGCUGAAGGACAAGGGAGCUAAUACACUGCUAUCCUACUUCUUCUGUUAGGCCGCCGACGAGCGCAUUAAUAGCGCCACAGCUGUACUGCGAGGUCUUAUCUACCUGAUUGUGGAACAGUAACCGUCGCUCGUCUCUUAUAUACAAAAAUAGUAUAAGCAUGGAGGGGAGGCGACUUUUAAAGGUGUUAAUGCAUGGCCUGCAUUAUUAGAAAUAUUCUUAAAUAUCUUGGAAGAUGUAAGCCUAGAGCGGACUUUUGUGAUUAUUGAUGUACUUGACGAAUG